AUGAACAUCAUCGAAACCCUCUUUGGUCGAACAGUCACUCCCGCAGAGAGACUGCGCCAGCACCAACGCGCCCUCGCAAAGGCGCAGCGUGAGCUCGACCGCGAACGUACAAAGCUUGAGCAGCAGGAGAAGAAGCUCGUCGCCGACAUCAAGAAGAGCGCAAAAGCGGGCCAGAUCAAUGCGUGCAAAGUCAUGGCCAAGGACCUUGUCCGAACCCGGCGCUACGUGCAGAAAUUCUACCAGAUGCGCACUCAGCUGCAGGCAGUUGGCCUCCGGAUACAGACCCUUAGAAGCAAUCAACAGAUGGCCGAGGCAAUGCGAGGCGCAACUCGGGCCAUGGGUGCGAUGAAUCGCGGCCUCAACCUUCCGCAAAUCCAGCGCAUCAUGAAUGAAUUCGAGAGGGAGAGUGCUACUAUGGAUAUGAAGGAGGAGAUGAUGUCCGACGCCGUCGACGACGUGAUGGAAGACGAUAUGGAAGACGAAGAGAUGGAAGGAGAUAAUAUUCUCAAACAAGUCCUCGACGAGAUUGGUGUCGAUCUUUCCCAGCAGCUCACUGAUGCUCCAACCGGCCUUGCUGUGUCGUCCUCCUUAAUUGAGCCUCGACAAGCUGUAGCAUUGGGUGAUGCCGGGCCUUCUCAUACUGGCGGUAUCGACAGUGGGCCUAGCGGUGGCCUCUCAGACGAAGACGCAUUACAAGCUAGGCUAGACGCACUGAGGCGGGGUUGA